AUGAUCAUGCCAACUUUUGUAGUUGAAAAAUCUCCCUGCUACUAUAGCACUAGUAGUGCCAAGCUAAGCGAUCACUAUAUAUCUCCCAGGCGUAUCAACAUCACACAUAGUAAUUAUUGGCUCAGAUCCGAAGUAUCAUCAGCCUCACCCGGACCCGCACUUGAACCUGAAGACAUCGGAGAGAGUUCAGUGGUCGAGCCGACUACCACUCCUACAGCCAAACAACUAUCUUAUCCGCCUAAACAACCGAUCAAGCCUGGUGCUGCAAGUCACGGUGGUACAGACUCGGAUAGACUGACCUGUCUCCUCGAAAGCUUUAGUCGAGCCACCCGUGGCAAGAUUUCGACCCUAGGUCAAAGCGUGUGCAGGAAGAUUCUGACGUUCAUUGCGAACCCAAACCGUGGAAGAGAGUAUAUGCAGUUUUGUGGCGUUUACUCCGAAGAAUACAGCGAACUGCUACGCUUCAUCGAAGACACUUCCUACAUAAGUUCGAAACCACGAUUUAGUUACAUCCCCGAAGACCACAUACUGCUUGUAGAGAUGCCAUCCGCCUUGCACGAAGCCCCAUUCGCAGGUUUCAAGGAUGUGUUUUCUAAUUUUUUCGCCAGCCUUCCGUACGACCGCAAAGUCGUAAAUAUCGAGAUACUCAAUACCGUAUCAAUAUCUUCAGGCGUCUCUCCCGACCAGAGAAUCUCGUUCCAUAAGUUGGGGAGCAGACGUUCAAACAAGUUCAUAUACACUAUGAUAGGAGAGACGGCGUUGUCGCAGGAUGUUGAUUCCUUGCUCACCAAGCUAAGGAAGGCAGUAGCGGCCAACCCCCAGCUGCUGCUGAUCAUCAUGAUACUGAUAGAAGAGCAAAAUCCUUUCCAUUCUCCGUUGUGGAAUUCUCUUGCGUCGCGGAGGUUGCUGCAGCAGCCGUUUCAUCAAGAAUCUGGUGAUUUUCUCGCGCAGUCGGAUGACGAUAGCGUCGCCGCCCUCAACGUACCCGUGUCCAUCUUAGGGCACAAGUGGUGCUCAGUGGGCUCUAUAAGCUUCAAGGUGUGGGUCCGUGGGGACGACCCUAUCGAUAUCGACACCGACGACGUCAGCCUGAUGGCAGAGGGGACUCUCUACCCGGUGGAAAACAUGGACGCGGUGAACAACAUGAUUGAGACAGGAGCCCGUGCGUUACAACGGGGACUUGCCUUGUUUACCCAGGAAAUCAACCCCGACAUCGACAUUCACGCCAUCCAAGAUCCAUCCAUCCCUUUCCACCUCGAUAUCUCAAUGAUCAGAACAAAACUUGUGUCGGCGAUGGAGGAAACUGCGUAUUCACGUUAUAGGGUAUGGUAUGAUGAGGCAAUCAGGAAGCGGAAAGUCGAUGUGAUCGAGGGCAACGCGGGUGAAGCAUCAACACCGGCAGCAAACACCCGAUCACGACGGGGAGGUGGAAAACCGCGAGGUCGAGGUCGAGGUCGUGGUGGUGGUGGCGCCGGAGAGCCGCUCCCGCAAAAAACCUCGAAGAGAAGAAAGUAA